UAAGAUGUACUGUUGAGUGUGAAAAAUAGAUCUAGGAAUAUAUGGAGAAAUAAGCUUAGCCCAUAAAACCAUUGAAUCAUAUAUGAAUAUAUGAUAUAUUUAAUCUUAUUUUAUUUAAUAAUUAUAUUGUAUUUUGCUUUUGAAGUUUAGUGAUAUUGAAUCAUAAUUAACAUGUUAAUCUUUACUACCAUCUUUUCUCAGAAUGAUGAGAUGCAAAUUGGGUGGCCAUUGGGUCUUGGUUUUGUGAAUAUGAGACUAAGAGUUGUGGAAUCACUACCAAGAGCUCCAAUAGAGCCAUUCUCAUUGUCAUUGCACAUUCCUUCCACUAGUUUUUCCUCUUUGUCAUCUUCAAACCUUGAUACAGAGUCAACAGCAUCAUUCUUCAAAGAUAACAGUGUAUCCCUGGGGAAUCUGAUUGGAAUUAAAGCAGGUGAAAGGAGACGCUUAUACUUUCCAAACACAUUAAGAUUUGAAGAAAAUGAGAACAAACCAUUAGCAAAAGGUUCUUGUUCUUCUGAUGGUACUAAAUCACAAGAAGGGGACAUGUCUUGUGGCAUUUGCAUACUCUCACUACUUGAUCCCCUGUUAAUAAAGAUUACCAAAAGUAAGAAAAAUUCAAGGAAUUAAAAAGCUAGUAGUAUAUGAUUGUGUGUGACUCAUGAAUUGAUUUUCACAAGUUUUAUGUAACUUUGAUUUAUUUUAGUGUAUGGGAGUAUAAUAAAACCGACAUUGACAUAUAUAUAUAUAUA